AUGGGCGGAGAGCCCCUUCUACCGGCUGCAUCCGAGCCGUCAGCCACCGCAAGGGAGCGUGGCUAUGCUCGGCUGACCGACGCGCAGAAGAGCGCACCGCACCGCUCCAACGUGGCGGGCAGAGCUUUCCUGCUCGGCUGCGCAGCACUUGCGUUGCUGUUGGUCGUGCUGGCGCUGCUCGCCCGCCUGGCUGCUUGGAAUCGGCGCGAUGUGGUGGCCGAGGCCUGGAUGGAGCGCCACACGCCCCUCUACGGCGUCAACGUCGGUGGCUGGCUGGUCCUCGAGAAGUGGCUGUGCGGAACCACCUCCCUCCGCACGAAAUGCUGCGGCGAGGUGGCGUCGCCCUACUCGGCCGCGGCUGCGGGCGACAGUGAGGACGAGUUUUCCCUCACCGCGCGUCUGCGAGCUGCGGAUGAGCUCGACGCGAUCGACGCCUUCCGCUCCGCGCGCGUCUCGAGCGUCGACUUCGAGGCCAUGGCCUCCGCGGGCGUGACCGCCGUGCGCGUGCCAUUCCCGUGGUGGGUGGCACGGGAGCCGGCGCCGCCCGGCUCGGAGGCUUGGCGCGAGGGCGCUGGCGGGUACCACGUGGGCCGCGGCAUCGAGCUGCUCGACCAGGUCGUGUCAAAUGCGGAGCGGCACUCGCUCUCGUUGCUCCUCGAGCUGCACGCGGCGCCGGGCGGGCAGUCGGGCAGGCAGACCACCGGCCGCUCCGACCCGACCUGGGAGCCGUCGCGCUUCGACGCCGACGGGGCCCUCUCGGCGCUGCGGCUCGUGGCUACGCGGUACAAUUCGUCGCGCUCCGUCGUCGCCAUCUCGCCGCUCAACGAGCCCGAGCUGCCAAACGAGGUACUAUUGCCCUACUACCAGCGCGCCUACGAGACCGUCCGCGGCAGCGGCAUGCGCGCCGGCCAGGUCGCCUUUGUACUGCAGCUCUACGGGCUCGGCGCCAUCUUCUCGCUCGGGUGGGCGGCCCUCGACUCGCCCGAGGGGCUGCCGGCGGCGCGCUACCCAAACAUCAUUUUCGACCUGCACCUGUACUACGGCGUCCUCGUGCCACCUUUUCCGGCCCUCUUUGAUCGGCUGGCCUCGCCGCACUUCGUCGCCGGCCCACUCGUCCAUCUCGAGUCAAUGCUGCUCGACGUGGGCAGCCGGCCGGCGCUGACGGGCGAGUGCGACGCGGCCACGGAGCGGUGGCGGUCACCAUGA